AUGACGAGUAAACUUCUCUCACAAAUCUUCAAUAAGAACUCACAAUCUAUAUAUGAAACCCUGCGAGAAAACGGUGCCAAUAAUUCGGAUUCAGAUCUAGACGACAUGGAGGCCCGGGCUGGAACGCUACAUAGUCAAGGUGGACCCGAAGAAUAUGAGGAGGGUAUGGAUGAUAAUGAGAGUACUUUUGAAUUAAGACAUCAACCACCGGCACCAGCCUCGUCGUCAUUUCUAGCGCACUCAGCUCAACGUCCUUUCUUCGCCUCUAUGUCCCGACCACGAGGGAACCGCUAUGCCUCACAAAGAUUUAGGGAAGAAGAUCCAGAUGAUGAUGACGAUGUCCCUGCUUCUUUACUUUUUGAGGCUGGAGGCUUAGGAGGCGGAGGCAGCAGACCAAGCGGAACUGCUGGGUUGAACCAAGGCGAUCUCGGUGGAGGUGGGCCAGGACCAGCUACAGAGGCCACUAGAAAACGGGAUAAACAGGAGCAGCAGUGGGCUGCUGCAACAGCGCAAAUGCACGUCCAAGGUGACGAGCAGGAAGCUGAGGCUAAAGAGGUCAGAAGGCAGGCUAGGCUAGGUCUAAUAGAUCCCAAAGAAAGGGCCUUAUGGAAGUGGGCCAAUGUUGAGAACUUGGACAACUUUCUUAACGAUGUUUAUGAUUACUUCUUAGGGAAGGGGAUUUAUAGUAUUGCCCUCAACCGAUUCCUAAAUUUGCUAAUGCUGGCUUUUGUUGUCGCGUUUUCGACGUUUCUUAGUUUGUGUAUCGACUAUCAGUUGAUACGUAAAAAAGACAAAUUUGGGGAUGUAAUUGUACAACACUGUAUGAGCCGAAUGUCGGGCACAGCAACCUUUUUUUUGUGGAUAAUAUCCUUUUACUGGGCAAUCAAAGCGGUCCAUUUUUUCUUGGAUAUGCGACGCCUCUGGGAUAUUCAUAACUUCUACACCUACUUGCUCGAAAUACCUGAUCAGGACAUGCAGACAGUUUCUUGGCAGGAAGUGGUUGCUCGUUUGAUGAUACUGCGGGAUGAUAACCCUACAACAUCUGAAACAGUCCGCCGCCGUCAUUACACCAACCAGUCUAAACAAAGAAUGGACGCCCAUGAUAUUGCCAAUAGAUUGAUGAGAAAAGAAAACUAUCUGAUAGCACUCUUCAACAAGGAAAUUUUGGACCUCACUAUUCCGAUUCCUUUUCUGAGAAGCAGGGGCUCUAUGUUGACGAAGACUUUGGAAUGGAACCUGAGUCUAACUAUUCUUGACUAUGUGUUUAACGAACAGGGUCAGCUGAACAGUAUGUUCUUGAAAGAGGGUCAUAGGAGGAUAUUGAGUGAUGCCCUAAAGAGACGGUUUAUGUUUGCAGGCUGGAUGAACAUUAUUACGGCUCCAUUCAUUGCGACCUAUUUUCUCUUGGUUUUCCUACUCCGGAACGUUCAUGAUUUUAUUAAAACGCCAGCAAGAAUUGGUCACAGGCAGUACACACCUUUGGCAGAAUGGAAGUUUCGAGAAUUUAACGAGUUGCACCAUCUUUUCCACAUGAGACUGGAUAUGAGCUAUCCAGCGGCGGAGGCCUAUGUCGAUCAGUUCCCGAAGGAAAAGACCGCCCAAGUUGCACGAUUUGUUUCCUUUAUAGCUGGGUCCUUGCUAGGAGUUCUAGCUAUUGCUUCGUUGCUAGAUAGCGAUCUAAUACAAGGGUUUGAGAUAACAUCGGGCAUGACUGCUCUCACUUAUAUGGCCAUUCUUACAACAAUCGUAGCUGUCACUAGAGGUAUGCUUCCAGAAGAGAAUACUAUAUAUGAUCCGGAAUGGUCCCUCCGCAACGUUAUCCAGCACACACAUUACAUGCCUGACCAUUGGAAAGAAAAAUUGCGAUCUGAUGAAGUUAAACGGGACUUUAUGACACUAUAUGACAUGAAAGUUUCAAUAUUUAUCAAUGAAAUCCUGAGUGUCUUCUUCACACCAUUCAUUCUUUGGUGGUCUUUGCCAAAGUGCAGCGACCGGAUCAUCGAUUUUUUCCGAGAGUUCACUGUCCACGUUGAUGGUAUUGGUUAUGUGUGCAGUUUUGCAGUUUUCAACUUCCAAAAGCCUGGGCAUAACGUGGAGGAUCUUCGAGAGGAAUACUUUUCUUCGAAAGACAAUAAGAUGCUUUCUUCGUACUUAGGAUUCAUGGACCAGUACCACGGGACCCAAAUAAAAACAGGCCACGGAAAACGGCAGCAUCAGGGAUCUUUACGACCUUAUAUGACAUCGCCGAUUAUGGCCGCUGAUAUGAGUAAAUCAAUCUAUAACCAACAUCCCCAAAAUCGACGCCAGGAUACCUCUGGUCCAGGAAUGGGAAAAUCUAUGCAUCGAGACAGCCCAGGGAGAAUGGGUGCAUCAAUGAUGCAAUCAUCACUCUUAGAUCCGCAACACCAGCCAGCUUAUGGGGGUUUCUCAAGGAAUAUGAGACAACCAAUGUUCCAUCCCCGAUCGGCGGAAUCUUUGAGGGAAGAGGAUGAAGAAGAAGAAUCUGCGAUCAACCCAGGGCAUAAUAGAAAACAAAGGUAUAGAAGUAAUUUAGGAGAGAGUUUUAUGUCGACAAAUGUCACCACAGCUAUGAUGGAGGCUGCGGAGGAGGGACAGGCUGGUCCUAGGACGAAUGUACUGGACUUGUUAAACCAAUUCGUAGGUGGUGGGACUGAAACUGCUGGAAGACCGGGCGUUAUAUAA